AUGGAGCCACAGUCAGCUCCCCUCAGGCUGAUCAUGGAACUGAGACCAGAGGCAACUCUCCUCAGGCAGAGAAGGAGGCGCUGUGAAAGCACAGCCUCGGUGCCUCAGUUCACAAACUCCCCAACAAUGAUUGUGAUGGUAGGACUGCCGGCACGAGGGAAAACUUAUAUCUCCAAGAAGCUCACACGGUACCUGAACUGGAUUGGAGUCACCACCAAAGUGUUUAAUGUGGGUCAGUAUCGCCGAGACGCUACCAAGACUUACAACAGCUUUGAGUUCUUCAGGCCAGACAACAGCGAGGCCAUGAAGAUCCGCAGAGCCUGUGCCAUCUCCGCACUGAAGGAUGUGUGCGAGUACUUCACACGAGGCAUGGGACAAGUUGCGGUGUUCGAUGCAACCAACACGACCCCCGAUCGCAGAGACCUCAUCUUCAGCUUUGCCAAAGAAAAUGGAUACAAGGUUUUCUUUGUGGAGUCCAUCUGUGACGACCCAGAGAUCAUUGAAGAGAACAUUAAACAGGUGAAGCUGAGCAGUCCGGACUACGUGGACUGUGACAAAGAAGAGGCGGUGGAGGACUUUCUGAAGAGGAUCGAGUGUUACAAGCAGAACUAUGUCCCACUUGAUGACCACAAGGAUAGGAGCCUGUCCUACAUAAAGAUCUUCAAUGUGGGCAGUCGGUACCUGGUCAACUGCGUGCAGGACCACAUCCAGAGCAGGAUUGUCUAUUACCUCAUGAACAUCCACGUCACGCCGCGGUCCAUCUACCUGAGCCGCCAUGGGGAGAGCGAACUGAACCUGCAGGGGCGUAUCGGAGGGGACUCGGGCCUGUCUCAGAGGGGGAACAAGUACGCACACGCUCUGGGUCAGUACAUGAGCGGACAGAACAUCAAGGAUCUGAAGGUUUGGACAAGCCACAUGAAGAGGACCAUUCAGACUGCCGAGGCUCUGGGAGUGGCCUAUGAGCAGUGGAAAGCCCUCAAUGAGAUUGACGCGGGAGUGUGUGAGGAGAUGACGUACGAGGCCAUCCAGGAGCACCACCCAGAGGAGUUCGCUCUAAGGGACCAGGACAAGUACCGAUACAGAUAUCCCAAAGGAGAGUCCUAUGAGGACCUGGUGCACCGCCUGGAGCCUGUCAUCAUGGAGCUGGAGCGGCAGGAGAACGUGCUGGUCAUAUGUCACCAGGCCGUGAUGAGGUGUCUGCUUGCAUACUUCCUGGACAAGAGCGCACAUGAACUCCCAUACCUGAAGUGUCCUCUCCACACUGUCCUGAAGCUCACGCCUGUGGCCUACGGCUGCAAAGUGGAGUCCAUUUAUCUGAACAUUGAAGCUGUGAACACGCACAGAGAGCGGCCUGAGAAUGUAGAGGUGGACCGGGAUCCCGAGGAGGCACUGGAGACAGUCCCAGACCACGUCUAA